CAUCCUGGAAUGAAGCCAGGUCACAAAAUCAAAGAACCGACUUGCAGAUGGGUACAUUUGAAGGGCCUUUCGAGCCACCAAGUGGGCUACCCUAUUAUUACGCCGACCUACAAACCGGACACUAAACCCUUGCUGGUUAGAUAAGCAAUGCAGGACCUCCUCGAGAAGAGCGCCUAUCCGGCUAUCGCGGACCUCAGCUCUGGAGAGUUUCUCAAUAAUCACCCGAGCAUCCCCUUCAAAACGUACCUCCCCCAAUCCUGCCUCAGUACACCAAUGAAUAGCAUCGCGGAGCGUGAGCAUCUCAACAAUCAAAGGGUCAUCAAUGACACCAAACUGAACACCCCUCGCCCCUACCACCAACCCGACUGGCGACAGGAUAACCAUCCCUCCCGCCGAAUGGGAAUUACGUCUGGUAGCGCCAUCCCACCGACAAAUGAAUGACCCAGAGUUGGCCGUAUCCAGCGACAGAUUAGUCCUAGCAGAGGUACAAGGUUGUGCCCCAUCCCUGGGCAGGUUAAUCCACUCCUGCAACCGCUGAUUAAAUUGACGCAUAAGAGCUGGGAUCUCAAAUUGUUUGCCCUCAAAAACUACCCAAUUACGAGAUCGCCAGAUCCGCCAAAGGACAGCAACAACUGCCAUCAGGAGAUGAGGGUGCUGAAUACACAUCAAUAGUUUUUUCAGGAAUAGAGGAAACGUCUGCCGAGGAAGGCCUUGACCAAGUUAUUUGACUUGCUCCUACUGUCACUCUAGAAAUUGGCCAAGUGAAACCACUUCCUAAAGCGUAGUAUAGCGGGUUUGGGUUUUAAUGUCAACCCGGGUCCUAGAUUUGAUGACUACUCGGUGAAUUCUUGUUAUCUAGCAAUGAAACUUUAGUGCAAGUCUAAACUAACAAACAAGCAAAGCAAGUAAACGGUUGUUUCAGGUUAAGAGAGGUCACCCGGAUAUGGUUCCCCCUAGACUGCAGUUAAGCCGGAUUGCAAUUACCAAGUUCAGUUUCUAUGAUAGUUAUACUGCGGAAGGUUCUUAAACAGCCUGAAGUCUCGACUAAAGGUCUUCAGACCCUCUCAAUCUGAGUCUCUAGCGGGCGACUAACCUCCACCGGAGUAAACAGAUUGAGGCCCUAACGAACAAAACCUCCACUACCGAAGUGAAUUCGGUACAGAAUAGUGAGUUGGCUCCUCGACUAAAGUCACCAACUCCCUACCUUCAAUCAAGGAUGCUCUAUCAACCUAGGCAGAUAUUCUCAUUCUAGGUUAAAGCAGAAACAACAGGAAUUUGAUCAGGAUUCAUGCCAUUCAAUCAUUCAAACCUCAAUUUAAUAUAAUCAAAUCGUAGAAUUAGUACUUGGGUUCAUACAAUCAAACCUAACAUACAAAUCUAGGGUUCUCCAUACCCAGAUGAAUGGGAGAACUACUCCAUGGAGAAAGAAGCAAAAGCAGAAUCAGACGCGGAAUUCAUACUGUGAAGGAUGUAUUCCUGCUCCUGGACGUUGAUCGGCACUUCUCCAAGCUCAAGCCAAGCUCCAAUGGUGAUGAAGAUCAAGCUAGGGCACUUGGAGACUCUUGUUCGUCGCUUUCUCUCUAAAACUCGAAUCCCCUUGAUCUUUGGCCUUCUUUUCCUUUAAAACAGCUGCCUGUCGCGAUACCCGGCCGAAAUACCCGGUCGGGUAUUUUAGGUCUCGACCGGGUAUUAUUAAAACGCACGUUUCAUGCCAGGGGAAAAUCCCCGGUCUGCUCCAAUAAUCCCCGGUCGGGGAUUUAAGCUUCACGACCGGGCCCCCCUCUGUUUCUCACGGGUGCCCAAAAUGAUAAAUACCGGGUCGGGUAUUUUGCCACCUAACCGGGUAUUUUCCUCCUGCAACCCACUUCUUCCCAACUUUGCUCCUUUCGACCCAGAACUCGUUCCCUCGCCUCGAUUCCAACGCCGGGUCCUGAAAUAUGACAUAAACACACAACCUCGCG